UGCCCUCUAGCGGCUAAAGGGGGAACUAUGUUGUUUAUGCAUGUUGCCAUGGAUACCUUUCACGGUCGGUGACCCAAACAAACAUCGACUGGAGUAUCUGCUGCGAUAUUCUUCACAUUACGGCUCUUUCUGGGCAGUGGGCGUGGCCUUAGGGACAUCAUCAUGAGCGCAGACGUAUCGCAUGCGCUUAUUAAUAUUCCUCACUGAGAAAAAUAUCAAUAAGCGGCAUUGUGUCUUUUGAUGUGUUGCGAAAAGUGAAAAAAAAAAAGUGGGUAAAUACGUGACGGCUAAGGAGCAGGUGGUGGACCACGUGAUGGGACGCCACUGAACGAUGCUUUAGGGAAGACACGGAAGUUCUUACGAGACGUUUGAUGACUGGCCCUUAUUGAUGCCUCGACUCUGACCGAUCUAUGGACAAAGAGAAACGGGGGGAUGGGGGGUCAAGUGGAGGCCAUUGUGCUUUCCCCCGCCCCUGGGGAGGAGGAGGCCACGCAGGACGGGGGGUUUCAGGAGAGGCCAGACCAGGAGCUUUGGCGUCAAGGUGACCAAGAGGAAAAGGACCCACAGGAAGGGCAAGACUCCCAAGUGUCUGGGAAGGACGAUGGAGGAAAGAAGGAAAAGGAGGACACAGGGGGCGGCAACGGUGAGGACAGUAAGGAUGCUGAAGAUAAAGCAAGACAGGAUGGGGAUUCCAACAAUGCAGGACGGGCAGAAUUCGACGGAGGGAAGGUCACGGAGGGCACUGCCAAAGAUGAGAGUAACAAAAAGCCCGCCUUGGAAGAUCGCUCUGGGAACAAGAAACGGAAAGGGAGUGGAGGCAGAGACGACAAGCCUCACUCUGUUGAGAUCAGGAUCCAUCCUCCCAACGCCAAGCGCAUAUCCACCUCCAAAAGGCAAGCCACAAAUACAAAAAACGCAAACACCGCUCAGAAGAAGGUGCCCAGCAGCAGUUUGAAGCCGUCCAAGAUGCGAGACGGCGAGGAGAGGGGGUCCAAACUUCCAUCGCCCGAGCGAGGGUCACGCGGUGCUUCUCCGGAACAAGGGCGCAACAAAUCUCCUGGCAGCGGGCGCGCCUCGCCUCACGGAGGGCGCCAGGGCUCAGACGUGGAUGAGAAGGCCAAGUCCAUCAUCAGCAAGACCUCGGAUUCAGAUAAGCUGAUGGAAUCUUUCAUGGGGCAGGACGCCGAGGAGAGCAAUAAGAACAAGACCAACACUGGCGGCGGCGGCGGCGGCGGCGAGGUCCCUAGAGAUGCACCACCCGCUUCCCACCCGAGGAAGCCGCCCGUGGAGGAUAGGGCGUUGCAGGCCAUCCUCGCCGCCCGCAGGAGGAGCCUUGAGAACGCUGGCAAGGCUGAGCCGCGUCGAAACAAAACCGAGGAAGACAUAAAGGCCAAGCAGUCGGAGGAGGCCAAGCGGCAGGAGCCCGCCACCGUGGACCCGCCGCCCUGGAUGGCCGGCGCGGCGGGUGGUGUGGCAGGGCUCGGAACCUUGGGGAAGGGGCAAGGGAAAGGCAGAGGAAGAGGAAGAGGACGAAGCAAGUCGAGUGGCGGCCGCCCGAGCAACAACGACGAGGGAGGAGGAGGAGAAGACUCGGCACGCACCCUCAAGGGCAAGAUGGUCAAUAGGUUUGUAGUGACGGAGCUGCGGCAGAAGAGGAAGCUGAUGGGCCACCUGGGAGCACCGGGGCGGGAGGAGGUAUACUGCGACAAGGACCGAGCCGCUGCAGUGGCCAUGGGGGACCAGGACAUCAAGACUUCCCUCAAGGUUAAAAGAAAAAAAGAAAGACGCUUAGUACAGCCUGAAGAAACUAACUUCUCAGCGCACCUGACGGAGGCACAGCGAGCCAUCACGCUGGGCAAGGUGGAGACCGCUCUUUCCUGCGCCCAGAAGGCGGUGGACAGCGGCGGUGACCCAGCUUCUCUGGUGGUGCGGGGUCGCUGUCAUCUGCUGCUGGGCCACCUGCAAGAUGCCCUGGAGGAUGCCCGGGCAGCACUCACGCAGGAUCCUUCACUGGUAAAGGCCGUGUUGGUGCAGGCGGAGGCUCUGUAUGGCAUGGGAGAAUUCGAGCGGUCUCUGGUGCUGUUUCACCGAGGGGCACGCAAGCGGCCCGACCUGACGGCCUUCACGCGCGGCAUCCACAAGGCAAGGGAAGCCGUGGUGAAUGCUAUUGGAGCUAUUGGUGGGCCUCGCGACGGAGGUGACAAUAAAGGUGACAAGUUUCCCGAACCGGAAGAAGUACAGACGGCGACGACUCUGACUGACAGUACCACGGGGUCAGGACAGUCUCAGGCCACCAGUGUGACAGCCGCCUCCACGCCCCACGGCCCCAAGACGUCCAAAACAGCCUCCAAGAGAUUGCUUGGUGGACUGAGCCGCGACAAGGAGUUCUUAGCAUCUCUCGUGAGUCACCGGAGUCUGCAGAAGGAGCUCGCGACGGUGAACACCAGCGUGGGCUCGGGCUCCCAGGUGGCUGCCGUGGCUAAAGAGGCGCUCACUUCUCUGCAGCACCUGGAGUCCUUCAUGUGGCAGCGAGACCCGGGAGGUGCAGGGGGCGGCAUCGGGAACGUCAGGGGCGGCGACUAAGACAGUGCUUCAGGAGAGGGAGAAGAAGGCAAGAGCGAGACUGAAGGCAACUCUACGACGUCGAGUGAAUGCAGUCCUCCAGAAACUCCAGCAGGAAGGAGACGUGGAGGGCCCCAUGAGGGAGGCCGAGGAGUUGCUGGCGGAGGUACGUGACGCGGGCAUCGGUGGGUGGCUGCUGUGUCGCCUCCUGGUGGGCGUGGGAGUGGCGCUGCCCAAGUGUGGACGCAAUGAAGACGCC